UUACUUUCAAAGUCAUGGUGUGCAUCAAGAAAACUAGAGCAGUGUUUGUCGUCAGCCUGGUACGUUUGGUCGGCCAUUAUUCUUGACGUCUAGCGACAUGCCAUUCCAAAGGUUCGUUGAGCCAGGCCGAGUGGCGUACAUCGCCGAAGGCAUUCACAGUGGCAAAUUAUGCACCAUUGUGGAUGUUAUUGACCAAACCAGGGCUCUGGUUGAUGGACCCGAGUCCGGCGUGCCCCGGACAGCUGUGCGCUUCAAGCAGAUGCAUCUGACGAAGUUCAAGUUUCCCCUGACCUACACCUCGCCCACCAGAAUUGUCCGCAAGUCCUGGAAGGAAGCCCAGAUCAGUGAAAAGUGGGCUGAGAGCAGUUGGGCCCAUAAAAUUGACGCCAGGAAGAGGAGAUCGGAGCUUACUGAUUUCGACCGCUUCAAGCUUGGCCGUGCGCGCCAGACUCGCAAUCGCAUUAUCACUAGAGUGUACCAGAAGCUGAAGACAAAGGCUGCGCGCUCAGGCCGUACUUUCCCUGCCAGGAAACGCAGCAAGAAGACCGCCAACCCUAAGAAUGCUGCGGCCAAGGCUGCCGCCAAGGGCAAGGGAAAGAAGUAAGCUUGUAUGUUAAAUAAAAAACGCCUAUCUCUUAAAA